UGUCGGGCCUCGGCUGUCAGUGCGAGCCCCGCCGUCGCAAUGAAACCACCGCUCAUUUUAUUACUAGCCAACUUAAUAUUAACAUCCGCGUUAAACCUAGAUUACUUGGAUCCGACCAAAUUACAAACGAAAACUGCAGCCAGCAUUCAACAGGAUGCAGCGUCCAAUAUCAUAUCGCAAUACAUGAGCGGCGUAAUCGUAGAGGUUAAUCCGAUAUUAUUCAGUGACAAGAAAGAUGUGUUUUCUUUAUGGACGAGCCAGGGAGUGCUACAUAUACGCGCGAGUACGGGCGUCGCUGCUGUUUGGGGAUUCAAUUAUUACCUGAAGAAGUAUUGCAAAAGCCAUAUCGGCUGGCAGAAUCAGCGCAUCAGCAUUCCGAGUCCGCUGCCCGAAGUGACUGAAGUGGUAAUCGCUAACGACAGAUUCCGGUAUUAUCAAAACGUGUGCACGGCCUCAUACAGUUUCGUGUGGUGGAGCGCUCCGGACUGGAAGCAGCAUGUGGAAUGGAUGGCUCUCAACGGUAUAAAUCUGGCGCUGGCUCCGGUUGCGCAGGAGGCUGCAUGGACUCGUAUUUACCGCAGUCUUGGACUAACAGAUGAGGAGAUUAACGAUCACUUCACUGGCCCAGCGUUCUUAGCUUGGAACCGCAUGGGAAACGUCCGCGGCUGGGCCGGCCCGCUCACUAAAUCCUGGCACGAUAUCCAGCGAGACAUACAGAGCAAUGUCCUCGAUUACAUGUUCCAGCUCGGCAUUAUUCCAGUUCUCCCCGCUUUCAACGGGCACGUACCGAAGGCUUUAUCCAGAAUCUUCCCUAAUGUGACAACUCAUGCCGUCGAAACGUGGAAUAAAUUCGAUAGUGACUACUGCUGUGGGUCGUUUCUCGAUCCAAACGAGCCAUUGUUCAAAGAUCUCGGAAAACAAUUCAUAACUGCGGUCACGCUUGGAUCCGGAACCAAUCAUAUUUAUACCGCCGAUCCCUUCAACGAGGUCAAAAUUCAGUCCUGGUCCACUAGCCUAGUUAAAAAAACUGCUCAAGCUAUUUACACAACUCUAAAGGAAUCUGAUAAUAACGCCGUCUGGCUUGUCCAAAAUUGGAUGUUCGUCCACGACCCAAUUCUUUGGCCGAUGGACAGAGUUAAAGCGUUCCUGACCGCUGUUCCCUCGGGGCGUAUGUUGGUGUUAGACUUACAGUCAGAGCAAUGGCCUCAGUACGACUUGUAUGAACAAUAUUUCGGGCAGCCGUUCGUGUGGUGCAUGCUGCACAACUUCGGCGGCACGCUGGGCAUGUUCGGAAACAUGAAAACAAUCAACGCUGACGUGUAUACCGCGCGCUCGAAGACCAACAGCACGAUGAUUGGCGUGGGGCUCACACCCGAAGGGAUCAACCAGAACUAUGUGGUGUACGAGCUGAUGUUAGAGUCAGCGUGGCGACGCGAGCCCGUGGAUCUCAACACCUGGAUUGCUGCCUACGCUGAGCGUCGCUACGGCUGCAACGAAACUGCGUCCGCUUGGCACUACCUCCUCAAAAGCGUUUACAGCUUUGACGGCCUCAACAAAAUCCGAGGCAAAUACGUGGUAACUCGACGACCCAGCUUCAGAAUAAAACCCUGGGCAUGGUACAAGAGUCACGAUCUUUUCCAAGCGUUCAAGAAGUUCGUUGAAGUAUGUAACUCUGCCUGCUACUCUCCAGGAUACUACCACGACCUGGUGGAUAUCACGCGGCAGGCGCUGCAGUACCGCGCCGAACAGCUUUACGUCAAUCUACAGAGCGACCGUUUCUCCAACACUUGGGUGUUCAACGGUUCUAUCAGUUUAUUCCUCGACGCGAUGCAAGACAUGGAAAGAAUCUUGUCUGGCAACAGCGAUUUCACGCUGAACAACUGGCUGUCGAAAGCGAGAGGUUUCGCCGAGGGGCCAGAGCAAACGCUCCAAUACGAUCUCAAUGCACGCAACCAGAUAACUUUGUGGGGGCCGAAUGGAGAAAUUACGGACUACGCGUGCAAGCAGUGGGCAGAGAUGUUCCAUUACUACUACAUUCCGCGCUGGCGAGCUUUUCUAGAUGCGGCUUUGAUGUCUAAGGUUCGCGGCGAAUUUUUCGACGAAGCCAGCACGCAAAGACUAGUAAGAGCAACAGUGGAAGAGCGAUUUCUUUACGUAGAGAUAGACAGUCUUCCGUCCGUUGACGUGAAGAGUUUAGCUCUGGCAUUGUACCAGAAAUGGGCGUUCGUGCCAGGAGUGAAGGAUCUGCCUCUGAGCGUGCUCAAGCCUGACCCUGGGACCAGGACCACUCUUGCUGACGUCACGGAUGACGAGCUUCCGUACACGUCUGAGCAGCCUACUGUAGUCAUGCUUGCGACCACACCUGUCUAAAUAUAGAAGAAAAUGUAAAUCUCAUUUAAAUAUAAAUAAACAUCAAAGACAUUAGU